AUGUUCGAGUACGCGACCGGCCCCGCGUCGGCGGCGGCGGCCGACUGCGCGCCCGACGCGAUCGCGUGCGACGACCGCAAGGGGGUGCCGGUGGACAACGUGAACAAGGUGCUAGCGAUCGACGGGAACGCGUCGGUGCUGCUCGCGUGCGGAAGCGCGGGUCUCGGCGUCUGCACCGCGCACCACCUCCCGAACGUGUCGCACGCGCGCGCGAUGGACGCCGCGCACGUACCCAACCUCGUAGGGGGCGCCGGCUCCGUCGUCGCCUUCUUCGCGCCGGCCGCGUACCCGCCGUACGACGGCCGCGACGUGCUCUACGCCGGCGCCACCUACGACGACCGCGCCGAGGAGCGCUUGCCGGCGACGGUGUCGUCGCGGCAACUGCGUUACGGCGAUGAGAGCAUCCGGUUGGACUACGCGGUGGACAAGGCGACGACGCUGUCCUACAUCGAUAUGCUGGGCGAGUAUCGCGCGUCGUACGAGAUCCUCUAUGUGUAUGGCUUCAGCAACAAGAACUUCUCCUACUUCCUCACCGUGCAGCGCGUCAAUCUGACGUCGGACAUCUUUGAGAGCCGGCUGGCGCGCGUCUGCCAGAACGAUCCUACCUACUUCUCAUACACAGAAGUGCCCCUGGAGUGCAAGCGAAAUGGAAUCGACUACCAGGUGGCGCAAGCUGGAUUUCUCGGCAAAGCCGGUGUUGUUCUUGCCCGAGACAUGCCCGGCGUUCGAGCAGGAGACGCCAUCUUGACGAUUGUGUUUGCGCGGAGCGAGCAGGGCAGCGCGGUGGUGGCGCCACAAUACGGCUCGGCCGUGUGCGUGUUCUCACUGGCGGAAGUGGAGCAGAAAUUCUACGAUGCAGUGCAGGACUGCUACCUCGGUGCAGGCGCGAUGCUGCACUGGUUCGUGGGAAGCCAGUCUCGCUGCACGCGAGCGGACGUGGACAUCGAGGAGGCGAUGUGCGGCAGCGGACUGAACUAUGCGAUCGAAGGUCGCGACCUCAUCUCGGCGAACCCGGACGUCGUGUUCGCUAACGAGCUCGUUACCGCCGUCGCGACGAUGGUGCAAAGGCAAACACACGGUGGCGUACUGGACGGCCACCGGAGACAUUACCAAG